UCUCAGCCACAAUCCCCUCACUGCUGUUGCGGAUGAUUAUUUUUAUAAACUGCCCUCACUGAAGUUCCUAGAUUUAGGUGCUACAAAUAUUGUGCCAAAUGUUGUGGUGGAGAUACUGAAAACCUCCAUUCAGCUGAAAACACUCAUCUUGCCCAAGAAGGUGUUCUGCUGCCUUUGCCGUAUUCAGGACGACAUCGAAGUUUUGUGUGAGACCAUCAAAUUGGAUUGCACAGAGGCAUGUGACAUAAACACCACUCUGUGUGACCAAGAAGGAACUUUGAAUAAGAUGCAGAAUGAAGUCAUGAAGGUCUUAGAAACCAGGAAGCAAAAUACAAGAACCACCUUGACCGUUCUUCCUGAGAAGCCUCUACAAGACAACUCAACCCUGUCUCUUGCAGUGACCCAGGGCCUCUCACAUUUUGGCAUCCAUUUCCACAACCUCACCCCACACAUUUUCACAACAGUCAAGCAAUUAAGCAACCUGAAAGCGGAUGACUUUAUGGAUGUGACGUGGGCAGACAAAAGUGACCUGAAGAAACUGUACUUGCUCGCCAAAUUGCUGCAAGCGGCCCUGAAAGAAAAAAUUGCAGAAUAUGAAAAGGAGAGUCAAGGGACAGAAGGGCAGAAGGAAGCCCCUACACAAGUUUCAGUCCAGUUUGAGGUUCCUGUGAUAAGGCUGAAAAGAUACCGGGAAGAAGUCAAGAGAGAAAAAUGGUUUGGGAAAAUUUCCAGUGAAAGAGAACCAUUUCCCGGGAUGGGCACAGAAUUUCCCAAGGCUGUCAUUCGACAAGAUGCAGAGCAGCAAGAUAGCCUAGAUUUGCACAGAGGGACUCAGUCCAGACAGAAGAAACUAGCCUGGAGCCUAGAACACCAAAGUGCUGCUUCCCUCCUCAGGCCUCAACGAGGUGUGUUUCAGUCCUCGGGGAAGCGUUCUGUUUCGGAAGCCGUGACAGGGGCUCCCAGCUUGACCGCUUCCAUUGUGAUGGAUGAAAAUGCUGCAGAUGACUUGACAGGCAGAGUAGUUAUUAUUCUGAAGCACUCAAAGAAAUUAAGGAAGCCCAUCAAUGAAGUGUUUCAGCCUACAGUCAGGAAACAGGAGGAAGAAACAUCUGGUAGCCAGCAGGCUCCGUCAGAGAGUCCACCUGGCCGCUCUUCAGAUACAGAGAACACUGAGGAUCUUGUGUCAGGAAAUACGCCUAGCGGAGAGAAUUCAGAGAAUCUUCUGCCAGGAAAUAAGCUGGACUCUCAGACAUUGCAAAAGGAUCAAGAGUUCCUCCGUCUCAUGCAGAAAGAGAACAAACCCCAAAUGCCGGCUGCAGGCACUGGAACGCUGAAUGAGCUCUCACCAGACAUAACUCUGUCCCAAGACACGCGCUGGGAACAUCAUGAACAACCGACUACGGCUUCUCCACAGGCCACUUCCCUCCAAUCUGGGGGUGACUAUUUGCUUCAAGGCAGCCUGUUUGAGGCUGAGGUGAACAAGCGCUUGGAGCCCCUCAUCCCAAAUGUACCAGUGCGGAACCUCAUCUCUCAUGUGAUCCGGAUCCUGAAAAUGGACUGUACGAAGCCUGACAUCCAGAUGGCUUGUGCUAAGCUCAUCUCUAAGACAGGCCUCCUUAUGAAACUCUUUAGUGACCGAGAAAACAUCAAGGAGACUUACUCCUUGUGGCAAGGAGGCAACAUGAGCACCGCAAGGCCAAGUAAUGAGGGGAAACCUUCUGAUGAGAUAUCAAGGCAGGGGAUUCUCGAAUAUGGGUACAACAGCAAACUCUUGUUGGCUAUUUCCUUGACCGCAGUCAUAAUGGUUAUUAUAGCAGUAAUUUGUCUAAUUGAGAUCUGUUCUCAUCGUUCUGCUAAAGCAAGAGAAGGCACCUCAGAUGAAAAAUGGUCUUUUCUGGGUAGAAGGAAGAAAAGUACCCCAGAAAAGCAGAGUUCUGUAGCUUCUUCACUUGAUAAACCUAUGUGGCUCGAAGACAUGUAUCGGCCCGUGGAUAAUACGCAGAGAAAGAGCAUGGUUGAUAAGUUACAUGAUGCUGAUUCAUCAGAUGAGGAAGAUAUAUUCAACCGGGCCAGUGCAAGAGCAUCCCUAAUCUCUGAGCCCCCUCCUAUGGAAAAGCGCAGUUCCAUAAAAAUAGAGGCAGCAACUCCUCCUCCUCCUCCUGAGGAGCCUCUUGUUAAAAAGGCCAGUUCAAAGAAAUUGGCUCCGCCACCGCCUGCAGUGGCUGAACCACCCCCUAGUGAAGAGGCCACAGGCGAAGCCUCAAGUCCAAAGACAGCGCCGUCCGGAGAUGAAGGGAGCGAAGGGACUGAAGGCACUUCAAAGAAACCAAGUUCAGAAGAGGAGGAAGAGGAAGAAGAAGAAGAUUGAUUUCUGUUUCAAUAGUGUGUAUCAAUAUAGGUGUAUAUUAUCUAGAAAAGAAUACAAAAUUCCCAGAAUGUUAUUAAAUACAUGCCUAUGACAGCUA